GGCUGCAGGGCAGUGGCGCGAGCCAUGGGGCUGUGGCAACGUUUGCUGCUUUCUGGUGGGGUGUUGCUCCGGGGCGUUGGCGGGGCCACUGCCCGACUUGGUCGAAGCCGAGUGUUGGUUUUUCGGCGUCAGUUAUCUGGCGUUGAGAGUGAGACCCUAAAACAAAGAAGAACACAAAUCAUGUCCCGAGGACUUCCAAAGCAGAAACCUAUAGAAGGUGUUAAACAAGUUAUAGUUGUGGCUUCUGGAAAGGGCGGAGUUGGAAAAUCUACUACAGCAGUGAACCUUGCACUUGCACUAGCAGCAAAUGAUUCGACAAAGGCCAUUGGUUUGUUAGACGUGGAUGUGUAUGGCCCUUCAGUUCCAAAGAUGAUGAAUCUGAGAGGAAAUCCAGAAUUAUCCCAGAACAACCUAAUGAAACCUCUUUUGAAUUAUGGUAUCGCUUGUAUGUCUAUGGGCUUCCUGGUUGAAGAGACUGCACCAGUUGUUUGGAGAGGCCUUAUGGUAAUGUCAGCCAUUGAGAAACUGUUGAGGCAGGUAGAUUGGGGUCAACUGGACUAUUUAGUUGUUGAUAUGCCACCAGGAACUGGAGAUGUGCAGUUAUCAGUCUCACAGAAUAUUCCCAUUUCAGGUGCUGUGAUUGUCUCCACGCCCCAGGACAUUGCACUGAUGGAUGCACACAAGGGUGCCGAGAUGUUCCGAAAAGUCCACGUGCCUGUUCUGGGCCUUGUUCAAAACAUGAGUGUUUUCCAGUGUCCAAAAUGUAAACACAAAACUCACAUUUUUGGUGCUGAUGGUGCAAGGAAACUGGCACGGACCCUCGAUCUUGAUGUUCUAGGAGACAUUCCCUUACACCUUAACAUAAGGGAAACUUCAGAUACAGGCCAGCCAAUUGUGUUUUCACAGCCUGAAAGCGAUGAGGUAAGUAGUAUUUUAAAAUAUAUACAUUUGUUACAGUUGGGAAUACCAAGCUUAUCUGUUUACAGUGCAUAUAUGUAAACAAGGGUUAGAUAACUUGUCCAAAGCAUUUGCACAUCAUUCACUACUUUAUGAGGUAGACAUGCCAGUGCUGGCUCUGAACUAGCAGCUAAAAAAAUUCACCUACAAAGAAUCAUCACCCAAUCAGUUUUCUCACUAAGAACAUGAACAAUGAGAGUUUGGAAAUUUCUUAUCUUGCUGGCUAGCGAUAACCUAACUGCCCAGGGUUGUUAUAUUUCAGUCUUAGAAGUUGAGCGGAUCGUUGGGAAAAGGGAACCUAAUAUAACGAUUGAGUUGGACAUAGGGAAACUUUGUAAACCAUUAGAGAUGAGACUUUCAUUACAUUUAUUUUAAUAAAUAUGAUUGGGGAGGUGGGAUGGAAAGACAAAUAGUGUUUUAUUAGCAAACAUCAUUUGGAAUACAAUAAACAGAUUCUCAGGGUUUCUGAAGCUUUAUGACUUUAAGCAUAAAAUAUUUUAUUUUAAUCUUUUUAAAAAAAAACAGAAAUAAAAUCAAUUACGUAUAUGUCUUCUUUCCCAAGUAGCACUUGUUAUGUAAAUUAGAAACCAAAUCAUCAUCUGGUAGGUCAGUUUUGUACCAUUAUGUGGUACAUCUGGUACAUAGAGUUUUUGUGCUCCUUUGCUGAAUGGCCCUGAUCUGUCUUUUAAUAGUCUUUUUUCCCCCUUAGCUAAUGAGUAUAACUUUAGAAUAACAUUAUUUUGUACAUCUAUAACUACUACCUUUUCCAGUCAAGUUUGCUUCCUCUAUCUAAUCUUCUGUGAACUGGAAAAAGAGCCAAGCUUGGCUAGAGCUGUGAAUAAAGUCAGAGUAAAUUGACAGUAAGGAAUCUUGUAUAAGUAGAGUAUUUUGAGUUAUCUCUUUAGGGGCUCAGAAGUCCUUUCCCUUUUUAGGGUUGUCAGUUACAGUACAGGUGAUUGAGUUGCUGAGAGUAUGAUCUCAGAGUAAAUACAGUGUAACAUUUAUCGUUGUUUUUCUUUUCUCUGCUUUUUAAGGUAUUGAAUGUUAAAUUUUAUUUCCUUAGAAAUCUUUUAGAUGUGCAAAAGUCAUAAUUAUUUCCCUCUUUCAUAAUUAAAGUCUGACAAUCCCACCUACCAUAGGUGUGCUUUGCUUUAUGCAGUGGAUGAAACUUAUAUGAAAAUUGAGACCUUUUUUUUUUUCAUUGUAUACUUUUAGAUGCCUCCUGAGAACAGAUUGUUUAAAAACAUUCUAUAGUGAUUCCUUAUGAAUAUGAAUAAUUACUAAUUUAUUUCAAUUAUGAAUUUAAAUUUUUUAUACUUUUUUUUCACCUGUACGUUGUUGUUUUUUUCUUUGAGAUUCUCCAAAACCAAGGAGUAUUUCAAGGAAGUUAAAGGAGUAUAAUAAAACAGAAUGUAUCGUAAUUACUCAAGGAUGAUAUUUAAAACUCUGAGCAACAGUGUUUGUGACAUUUUUUGUAGUUACAUGUCUUUAUAAUCUAAUUUAUGUUUGCAUAAAUAUUAGACUCAUUGUUUUACUCUUGUUGGGUGACAUUUAUGAAUGUCUUAGGAGAGUCUUAGGACUUUUGUGAUCUGGGCUAGUGAGGUCUCUGCAAAAAUAGUGAAAAUUUCAUAUACCACACCGUCAGCCUUGAAGAUGAAGACUUCUGAUCAAUUUUAAGAUUUAGACAUGACCAUGAAAAGGAAAAAACAGUGGUGCCAUACUUCCAUAAAAGAUAUUAGUUCUUCCUUUUAGAUUGUAUCCCAAACCAAAAAUCAAAUCUGUUGCCGUCGAGUCAGUUCUGGCUCAUAGCAACCCUGUAAGACAGAGUAGAACUGCCCCAUAGGGUUUCCAAGGAGCGGCUGGUGAAUUAGCUGCCAACUUUUUGAUCAGCAGCCGAGCUCUUAAUCACUGCGCCACCAGGCUCCGGAUUGUAGCACUCAUUAUUAUUAAUCCUCUUCCAAAUAAUAAUAACAGCACUUACAGUGUACCAGGUGCUGUUAGAUAUUUUAUUUACAUUAUUUAUAUUCUCACAACAACUUAAUACAAUAUAUACAUAGUCCCCCUUUUGCAGAUGACAAAACUGAGGCUCAAAGAAGUUAAAU